AUGACUCAUGCACCGCCACCACCAACCCUUGUGGGCGCGCCCCCGGCACACCCGGGAGAAGUUCCGCUACUAGUCCCAUCGCCGGAAGCCCAAGCACGGUCCACCUCUACUGAGGGUGCGGCCCGCAUCGUCGCACUGGAAGGCGACAUUUCCACACUGAAGGGCACGGUCAAUCAGAUGGCUGCCAACAUUGCCGAGCUCAUGGCCCUGCUCAGAGCUCCAAACCGCACCUCCUCGAACUUUACUUCGCCUCCAGGGUACGGGCCAAUGGUCGACCCAAACCCUUGGGUCCCGCCGACCCAUGCUCCGGAAGGUAUUGAAGCACUUGCAAUACACGCACCGACGGACCACCCAGCCAAUGUCCCUCCGCCAUCAGUGACUCUCUCGGCGGCCAUUCCUCUUCCACCGUUGGACUCGACCACUCUUGAACCGCCGCCGAUGUCCAUACCGAUUCCAGCUCCUGUUUACGCAGCUCCUCCGCCGAUGGUCUUCCCGGUACCAAACCCCCACGCUCCUGUUUAUACAUCCGAGCCUCUCACAUUCCAAGCUCCACAACCCCAUAUCAGCUUCUCCUACCCAGCACCACCUCCCAUAAAUAUCCCUGUCUCUGAACCAAACACGCCAACUCAGGCGGCCUUCGCAGCUCCACCAACAAACUGUCUCCUAGAGACGGAGGCCGAGCAGGAGUAG